AUGAUUGGCCAGUUAGAAUAUCUGUCUACGACCACCAGAAAAGAAAGAAUCCGAAUUGGACAUCAUAUUGAUGAUAUGUUGGUUUCAUGUUCAUUUGCUGGACAAAAAUGUUACGCAAGCAAUUUCACAUUGUUUCAAACUGAAAACUAUGGAAACUGUUGGAAAUUGGAAUCCGACCAGUUUAUUGAAACUGCACCGGGAUAUCAAGAAGGUCUUGACAUAGUUUUGUUCAUGGAGAAUAACGAGGCACUAGCUGGAAUAAGCAGUGGUUAUGGGAUCAGAGUAAACAUUCACGAACAAAAUACCUUACCAUUUCCAACUGAGGAGGGAUUCCUAGUAUCGACAGCUUUUGAAACCCAUAUUGCAUUAAAGAAAAUAGAUAUAUUACGAAGUGAUGGAAAUCAUGGAGACUGUAACUCUUAUGCUGAUUUUGAAGCUGAAUAUGGUUAUAAGUUCACUAGACAGUUAUGCUUAGCAUUAUGCUUACAAGAUGAGAUGCUGGAAAGAUGUGGAUGUCAUUCUAGUACUUCAGAAGAGUACAGAGUCCAAUUACACAAAAAUCAUACACGCAUGUGCAGGUCCAAACCUGACCGUGAAUGUGAAGCACUGGUUAAACUAGAACAAAGACGUAGACUUGUACCAUGUCGAUGCACAAAUCCAUGCAAAGAAACGAAAUAUUCGCGGGUUAUAACUGCCAGACAAUGGCCUACCGAUGAGUACGCUAAUAUACUGGUAGCCAGUGUUUGUGAACAAAGACCAGAAGUUUGCAAUCAUAUCGUGAACAAGAAAAAAGAUUCACGGUCACUAAGUCAAGGCUUUCUACGUCUUACAAUAUACUAUGAGGAUUUAAAUUAUGAAGAAAUGUAUGAAACGCCUGAAAUUGAGGUUCAACAGUUUGCUUCAGAUGUAGGUGGAGCCAUUGGUCUUUGGAUAGGUUUGUCUAUUCUCAGUGUGUUUGAACUCGUACAACUGGCAAUGGAACUAUGUGUUGUUGGCAAGAGAAAAUUAUCUUGAUUUCAGAAAAGUCUCAGAAUAUCAUCAAUUUAAACAAUGCUUUCUGCUGUACUGUCUAAAUCUUAUUUGUUAACAUAACUAGGGUAUGGUCUAGUACCCAAAUUGUCAAAUGUAUUGUUAUGAGUUACAAUUUAUGACUAAAAUCAGCAAAGACCCAUCGAAACAACAUCUGAUACAAAAAUUUAAUAACACUAUUAGAUAUUUGGAUGAUAUAUUGGCUCUCAAUAAUGACGACUUCAGUAUGUACACUAAAGAGAUUUAUCCUGUUGAACUAACUUUAAAUAAAGCUAAUACUAACAAUGAA